AUGUUUUUAAUUCGAAGAAGGUACACUUGCUUUUACAACUGUUUGGGCAUAUCGGGUGGUUGGGCCAGGAGACUUUUAAAUGAAGCAACCCAUUCUGCACUACACAAGAGAGAAUUCAGCUCGAAGAACUUCUAUGACAUCCUUAACAUCCCACGAAGGAGUAGCAAAAAUGAAAUAAAACAAGCCUAUCGAAAAUUAGCCCUGAAAUACCACCCAGACAGGAAUCCAAAUAACAGAAAAGAAUCAGAGAAGAAAUUUCGAGAAAUAACAGAAGCUUAUGAAACUUUAAGUGAUGAAAGUAAAAGGCAAAUGUAUGAUAAUCAACUGAAUGGUGGUGGCUUUUCUUCGAAUAAUUUUGAUAAUAACUUCUCAAACAUGUCUAGUAAUAACAAUAUGAAGUACACAUAUCAAACGAGAAGAAUGUCAGAUGAAGAAAUCGAGAAAAUUUUCAAGAAUGUCUUUGGAAACAUGAACCUGAAUGACAUCUUCAAGUCCAACGUUUUUAAUCAAGGAAGUUUCCAGACGAGAGAGAGUGGAAAUGAUUUCUUCACUAAUUUUGGGUCUACCGAAACAAACAUAAAAACCGAAAUAAUACCUAGAGGAAAUAAAAUAAUUGAGAAGACAACUAAGAUUAUUACGUAUCAGGAUGGGGUUGUCAAACAGGAAAUUAUCGAAAGGGAGAUAAGCAGCAAUGGCAAAGGUUCAUAA